AGAAGCUACGCCCAUAUCCGGCCAUGCGGUGACGCCGGCGGGAAGGGGCCGGCACUGGUUAAAGUGGGGAGUAGUCUCUCUCAGCGUUGUUGUGGACACCGGGAAGCGGCUGCCACAGACACCGCCACCAUGUACCUGAGACCCAGGUAUCAGCUGCUUCGGAAUAUUUCUUCCAUUUUUUUCAAGCCACGUAAUCCAUUAGCUGCAUGUUUACAUUUGGAGGGAUGUUGCCCGGAACUCACUGAAGGAGAACCCAAGAUGUUAAUGACUGAUGUGCGUAUGAAACUACAUGAUAUUGUUGGUGCAUCGAAAAUCUGGAGGGAACAUCUGAAAUCUGCUGAGGAAAGAAGUUCAUUAAGUUUUCCACCGGUGGAAAGCCAAGACAGCUUGCCAUUUCGCUCCAUGAAGGACAGUUAUCUGGAGGUUUUCCUGCCAUUGGGAAGCCAACCCCUCUUGAGAGAAAAAUACUUGAAUGUACAUAACUUAGUGAGGUUUGGUAGGAUCCUUGAAGACCUUGACUCAUUUGGAGUUUUAAUUAGUUAUACUCAUGCCAAAACCGAUUCUCCACGAAGUCCUUUUUCAAUUGUGACGGCACUUGUUGAUGAGAUAGAUCUGGUCAAAAAUGUUAUCCUGCCGGAUUGUGACUUGAAAUUCACUGGUCAUGUCACCUGGGUGGGAAGAAGUUCCAUGGAAGUCCAGAUGCACAUAUUGCAGUAUCAAAAUGGCACCUUCCUUCCUGUAAUUGAUGCUACUUUUGUAAUGGUGGCACGUGAUACUUCAAAUAAAAGUCCCGCUUUUAUUAAUCCAUUGAAGACUGAGAGUCCAGAGGAAGAGAUUCUCUUUCGACAAGGAGACUUAAACAAAGCAACGAGAACGGCGAUGAAGCAGACUUCAUUACUGAAAACAGCACCAAAUGAAGAUGAGCGGAAAGUUAUACAUGAGAUGUUCCUGGAAACUCUUGAUGACAAGACUAUAAGCUUCCGCAGUCGGAUUUUACCAAUUAAUUCAGUGUGGAUGGAGGAUACAAAACUCAAGAGUCUGGAGAUCUGCCACCCACAGGAACGUAACAUUUUCAACAAAAUCUUUGGCGGAUUUCUGAUGAGGAAAGCUUUUGAAUUAGCAUGGGCAACUGCUUGUGUCUAUGGGGGUUCAAGGCCUUCUGCAGCUGCUGUAGAUGAUAUUCUUUUUCAAAGGCCAGUUGAGAUUGGUGCCUUGCUGUACCUUUCAGCACAGGUUUGUUAUACCAAAGGCGAGUACAUUCAGGUCAGAGUCCACUGCACGGUUGUAGACCCAGUCACCAAAGAGCGCAAUACCACCAAUAUCUUCCAUUUCACCCUUGUCUCUGAGAAAGAAGUGAUGCAAGUUUUCCCAAAGAGCUAUGGAGAAUCUAUGCUGUACUUGGAUGGAAAACGACACUUUAAAGCACGAUUCAACAAAGACUCAAAUUGAUCAAUCCACCACCGUUCAGUUAGACAACUGAAAAGUCUUAAGAAUAAGUGGUUUGUGCAUUUGCUGAUGAAUAUACUUUAUACUUUUCUAAAAUAUUUAUUCUUUGCAGUAUCUGAAUUGCUCGCUAGCUUUAACGUUUUUUUUUUUGCAGAUACGUGCAUCUAAUGGGUUGCGGCAAAACCUUCAUUAUAGCACUCUAAACUUCACGCCACGCAUAACAACCUUGUAUUAAUAUUCUUUCUCAUGCAGACAUCAACCUAGCAAGUAGUAUAUGAAUACUUUGGGUAAUUACUCAUUGUUCAGCAAUAGAAAUCUUCAGUCCGUUUGAUUCUUGUCUGGAUUAAUAACGAUUAAAUUGCAGGAACCACUGUUCUUGCCACUAACGGCAACAAUGAGUUAAUUAUCCAUUUUGAAUUCUAUAUACUGAGAGAUAUAAUUGGAUUGAUUAAUUCAGCCUGACCAACCAAGUAGUAUUAAGAUUACUCUGCUCUUAACUUAAUCAUUGUUCAUUGGUUGAGUCCCUUCUCGCUUAGCAGGGAAACCAUUCAAAUUGAUGUGUAAAGUGCAGUGGCACACUUAACUGAUGCUUUGCAUCAAUUACUUGAGUAUAGAACAUAAAAACAUAGAAAAUAGGUGCAGGAGUAGGCCAUUUAACCCUUCGAGCCAGCACCGCCUUCUAAAAUCAGUACCGUUCUUGCUUUUUCCCCAUAUCCCUUAAUUCCUUUAGCCCAAAGAGCUAAAUCUAACUCUCUUGAAAACAUACAGUGAAUUGGCCUCCAUUGCCUUCUGUGGCAGAGAAUUCCACAGAUCCCCAACUCUCUGGGUAAAAACAUUUUCCCUCAUCUCAGACCUAAAUGGCCUACUCCUUAUUCUUAAACUGUGACCCCUAUUUCGGGACUCCCCCAACAUCGGGAACAUUUUUCCUGCAUCUAGCCUGUCCAAUCCUUUAAGAAUGUUAUGUUUCUAUAAGAUCCCAUCUCACCCUUCCAAAUUCCAGUGAGUACAAGCCCAAUCGACACAUUCUUUCAUGUUAGUCCCACCAUCCCAGGAAUUAAGUUGGUGAAUCUAUGCUGCACUCCCUCGAUAGCAAUAAUGUCCUUCCUCAAAUUAGGAGACCAAAAUUGCACAAAAUACUCCGGGUGCGGUCUCACCUGGGCCCUGUACAACUGCAGUAGAACCUCUUUACUCCUAAACUUAAAUCCUCUCGCAAUGAAGGCCAACAUGCUAUUAGCUUUCAUCACUGCCUGCUGUACCUGCAUGCUUACUUUCAGUGACUGAUGUACAAACACACCCAGGACUCGUUGCACCUCCCCUUUUCCUAAUCUGAUACCAUUCAGAUAAUAAUCUGCUUUCCUGUUGUUGCCACCAAAGUGGAUAACCUCACAUUUAUCCACAUUAUAUUGCAUCUGACCACUUAUCCAAGCUAUCCAAGUCGCCCUGCAGCCCUAUAGCGUCCUCCUCGCAGCACCCACUGCCACCCAGCUUUGUGUUAUCCGCUAACUUGGAGAUGUUACAUUUAAUUCCCUCAUCUAAACCGUUAAUAUAUAUUGUAAAUAACGGGUCCCAGCACUGAGCCUUGAGGAACCCCACUAGUCACUGCCUGCCUUUCUGAAAAAGACCCGUUCAUUCCGACUCUUUGCUUCCUGUCUGCCAAUGCCAUGGGCUCACAUUUUGCACACUAAUCUCUUAUGUGGAUCUAAACCAGAGAAGGGAGAAUUAUUUUUUCUACAGCAGGAAGGGCAAGGGUUCACUUGAAUGUGAGAUUAGACCUAUGUCUAAGCAACCACCCCUUCCUUAGAAUCAACGAUGGUAAGUCCUAAAGUGAUUGUAUCAGUAUUUCUGGAUAUAUCCAGUUAUUCUGAUGGGGAGACACAAAGUGCUGGAGCAACUCAGUGGGUCAGACAGCAUCUCUUGAGAAAAGGAAAAGGUGAUGCUUAUCAGUACACCCUGCAAUUUAUAUGUUUACUGAAUCUUAAUUGUCUGCUACCAUGCUUCCAAAGUUCAAAUUUAGAACAUUUAUAUUGGGAAAGUGUAUCAAUGUCAUUAAAUUGGGAAAAUAAAGGUUUUUAUCACUUUUUCUGAUUUAAUCAUUGUGAACAAUUGCUAAAUCCAAAGGAGGAGAAAUUACAUACUCCAAUUGAUCUUGAUACUCAGUGAUCUUUUUCUAUUGGCACAUGUUCCAGCACAGAAGGAAAUGAGGAAUAUUAUAUUUUAUAAUUUCCUGGUUAUUGUAAACCAUAGUAAUAACUCCAGAGAAACACAUUACAAGUCAGUUUAUUGUUUCAGUCAAGUUGAUUAAAAACAUAGUGAUUUAAAGUUCUCUCUCAAAAUACUUCAGUUUUCCAGCUGGAUCUGGAAUUAUCUGAAAGAAAAGAGCAUAAUAUUAGGUUAACCUUUUAAAGAGAAUAAUGCAGGGUUUCCACAUGAAACAUCAAUAAUCCUUCAUCCCCACAGAUGGUGCUUCAUCUGCAACUGUUAUUUUUGCUGAAUACUAUAAUUGGCAUAAUAGUAACUUCAGGUUAGUUACGUGUGGCAAGGUAAUUCAAAGCUAUAACAGUAUAUUGAUUAGGGCAGUGAUCUUGAUCAAUUCCAGUAAGGCCUUUGACAAAGUCCUACAUGGGAGACUGCUUCAAAAGGUUAUAACCUCAUGAGAUUGAGGACAAACUAGAAAAUUGGAUUCCAAAUUGCCUUGUGAAUAAGAGGGAUAUUAGGGGGGGGGGGGGGGGGGUAGUAUGUGCCGCCAGAAUUGGUGUUGGGUUAGUAUUUGUUAUACAGACAACCUGUGCAUUAUAGCCAUUUGGAUUAUGGCAAUUUGGCAUAAUCUUGUAGAAUUCACAAACUACCACAAAAAUUGAGAUAUGAAAUAAAAUUUGCCUUAGAACGUGUGCAAAGUAAAUAAACCAACAAAAUUGAUUUUUAAUUUGUAUUGACAUAUGCAGAUGCACUAUUACAAAAAUCGUGAUGCGGUCUGUUUUCUUGUCUAUAAUAUGGGAAUUGUCCGUAUAUAUUAACAAAUUUAAUGUAUGAUUUCUGAGUUUACAGAUACACAAACUGGCAGUGUUAAUAGUUUAGAGAAUAUGCAAGAAAAAAGAAAGGUAGAUGGAAUUUAGUUCUAAUAUACAAUACAUUUUGGAAGGAUUAAUAGGAGUGGGACAUACAGAAUGAAUGCCAGGACAUUAUGGAGUAUUGAGGACCUGGGGAUGUGUAGCAAUCUAAAGAUCUAGUGACAGCAUUCAUGAUAUCUGUAUUGUGCUCUGACUAACAAGGGCAAGUGAAGGGAGGCUAUAAUACAACUUUAUAAUACAUAAUUAGCCUACAGCUGGAGUACUAUGCUGUUCUGGUAAUUCCAUCGGAAGGAUGUGACUACAUGAGGAUGCAAAGAUUUUCUAGUAGAGUAGAGGGGUAUGGAGAGAAGGCAGGUACAGGAUACCGAGUUGGAUGAUCAGCCAUGAUCAUAUUGAAUGGCGGUACAGGCUCGGAGGGCCGAAUGGCCUACUCCUGCACCUAUUUUCUAUGUUUCUAUGUUUAAACCCUCAUUAUAACAGAUCACAGAGGGGGGGAAUAGUGUCUGCUAUUGCCAAUUGUCCGCUAUAACCGAGUAAGGCUUUGUCCCCCACUGACAUCAAUACCCGGGCACCGGGUCAAAAUCCAAGAGCACCGUCUGACUGCCCAGAGGGACCUCCAUCAUCACACGAACGCAGCGGCCUAAGAAGGCCGCCUGGCAUCACACUGUCCAGCACAACUGGGGUACAGCAAUAAUAUCUGCCCCUACUGCUGAUUCCAACUUUCUGAAAGUGAGAGAAAAAUGGGGGCUAAGUGGCAUUGAGGUGGUGGUGUGAGGAAAUCGUAUAGUGCUCUAACUGAAAUUCACACAACUAGCUGACCACCCCUGUGUUCAGGGUAAAAGAGCAUUGGCUCAGUUUCUGAAUCGUCCUACCACAACUGGGGAGCCGUCCUGAACUGCUGUCUCCCUCAUUGAUGACCCUUGGACUAUCUUUGAUCUGACUUUACUGGCUUUACCUUGCACUAAACAUUAUUCCCUUAUCAUGUAUCUAUACAUUGCAAAUUGCUCGAUUGUAAUCAUGUAUUGUCUUUCUGCUGACUAGAUAGCACACAGAACUCUUCACUGUACCUCGGUACACGUGACAAUAAACUAACCUGAACUCUGUUUCCCUUCCAAAAUCACUAACCUGCUGAAUGUACAAAGUUCUUAACAGCUAAAAAUAUAUUUUUUUGUUACUGUAAGCUAAAAGUAAAAGCUGUUUGUUACAUUAUUUAAUAGUUAAGUGUCGAUCGAAGAGAUUGCAUGUCAGUUUCAAUAGCUUCUGCAGUGUAACUAGCUGCCUGUGUUCUUAAAAGGACUGUUUGCUAUAACCAAAAUCCAUUGUAAAGGUCCAUAAUAAUGAGGGUUUACUGUUUAUUGCUUAGGAACAGGUAUUUUAUCUGAGAAGAACAUGGCUAGGCAGAGUUUGUUUUCCUAGGCAUGGAAGAGACUGAGCAGAAUUUGAUUAAGAUAUAAAAUUGAGGGGCAUAUAGAACAGAUAGCAAGAAAUGUUUCUCCUUUACAGACGUGUAUAAAACGUAGGAGGGCAUAGUGUUAAAGUAAGUAAUUUGAGGAUCACUGUCGGAAUUUUUUUCACCCAAAUGGUUGGAAUCUGGAACACGUUGCCCAAGUUGAUGAUGAAGUCAUGUAGUCAAUGUUUAAGUACAUUGCUAAGUACUAGAUUUGUCAAGGCAUAUGUUCCAAGCCCAUGACUGGAAAAUGGGAUUGGUAUGUAUGUGUACUUACUUUGGCAUGGACAUCAUGGGCUAAAGUUUCCAACAGCUGAAUGGAAAGGAAAUUUAAUUCCCCAGAUAUAAUGAAAUUAAGAUAUCGGAAAUACUAAAUUCUGAAGUGUUAUUUUUUAUGGUUUUUGUUUGCUGAAUUUCAAUAUUAAACAAGUCCUGGUUGUA